UGGAUGCACAUUGGCACUGCACUGCACUGCUGCAAUGAGGCUCGAAGCACCACCGUAGGGAUGCCGAUGCAAGGAAAACCAUCCGGCCAGUGCAGGAUUGGCCUUGAAGCGGCUGAUGAACGGACUGGACUACUACCUACCUACUAGUACUCAACCCUGCAAAUCGGACUCGCGCGAAUACCUUAGUUGCAAAGACAAAGAGUCAAAUGGUAUACUGCCUACAAAGAAAUGCAUGAGUGAUUGAGCAUCGACCGGGCCCUUGUGCGAGGGCUGCUCAGUUGGACAAACUUGACCUUGAACCACCAAACCUGGACUACUAGCAUCCAUUCAAGAAAACCAACCAGGCCGAGCUCGCGUUGAGUAAGCCCUUCCAACGUUCAAGUUUGGGGACGGAUCAGCAACCCAACCAGCAACUUGUGACUUCUACUCCUGUACGUUCUCAAGUUGCGUUGGCGCCAAAAUGGCGGUCGUGGUCGACGGUGUAGCCUCGAAGGAGGCAUCGCCAUCGCCAUCGCCAUCGCCUUCCAUUGAAGAAACCAAGAAGAAGGCGCAACAACGACUGGCCUAUCUCUUGGUGGUGGAACUUCUUGCUUAUCAAUUCGCUUCACCGGUCCAAUGGAUCGAAACCCAAAAAGUACUUCUGGAGGAACUGCAAUGCAAGAAUUUCAUCGAAAUCGGGCCCUCGGAUGUUCUGCUGGGCAUGAUGAAAAAGACCUUACAGGCCAACAAACAAAAGGAAGCUGUGCGCGGCCUGAAUCGGAGAGUGCUCAGCGUCAAUGCCAGCCAGAAGGAUCUUUACCGUGGAUUGACGACGGACGAUGACAUCGAGGACGACUCGGUCGUAAACGAAAAAGACCGAAAACAGGAUCAACCUCCUGCAACGUCGGCACCAACUGCUCCUGCUCCUGCCCCCGUUCCGUCACCAUCACCAGCCGAUAUCACAGCAGCCGCCACCACCGCGGCAGUCAAGGAAGUUGUGAAUAGUUCUCUGAUAGAAGACAGACCAGUAACGGCCAAAGAUGUGGUGCUGGCUAUCCUGGGAUCCAAGCUGGGGAAACAAGCGUCAUCCAUAGCGAUGGACAAGUCAGUCAAAGAGCUUGCAGGAGGACGAUCCAUUCUCGAGAAUGAAAUCAUCGGUGAACUCGAGACCGAGUUCGGUUCGACCCCUGAACAGGGCGAAACGAUGAGCAUUCAAUCACUCUGUGAUCGUCUGCAAGGAGCCAACUUCUCCGGCCAAUUGGGUAAAGUGACCAAAAAUACCGUUUCGAAAAUGCUGUCCUCCAAAAUGCCCGGCGGAUAUGACAUGAGUCGAAUCCGAGGCCAUCUGGAAACCCGCUGGGGAGCGGGAACUGGCUUGCAGGACAUGAUUCUAUUGCGAGCCAGUGCGCAGCAGCCGAAGAACAGACUGGCAGAUGUUUCCGCAGCUGAGGCAUUCUGGGACACUCAUGCACAAACAACGCUCGGCGACCUGGGCCUGUCGAGAGACAUGUCAGCAGUUGUCGAGGUCGAGACGGCACACGCGGCAGCUCGCGUGUCCCUGCCAGACCCUCAACAGGCAAUCGCACAAUCACAGGCAUAUCAGACCUCUCGGACUGCCGAACUCGAGGUCCAAGCACGAGCCUUGGGAAUUGACAUCCUCAGCGCAAACAAGAUCGGCGAGCAAGCACAACAGACCCUCAAAGCUUUGCAGGCAGAAAUCGACCAUCUUACCGCCGAGCUUGGGGACCAUUUCAUCAACGGCAUCAAGGGCCACUGGUCUCCUAAUAAGGCCCGGACUUUUGACUCUUCCUGGAACUGGGUCUUGCAAGACAUGCUGACCAUCUACUACGGCAUCUUGCGCAAAGAGUAUACCGCCUCCAGUCGGCCUGUUGCGCUGAGCUUGCGAUCACUGAGAGGUCGUGCAUCCCCUAGGUUGGUCGACGUGGCUCGGUACCUCAAACAGACACAGACCAAGGCGUCGUCUUCUGCAUCCGACCAAGCCGUGUCCUUUCUCGAGCAAGCGAUUGCCGAAAUCGAGGCCUCGAAUUCUACCCCUUCAAUCGCAUCUUUCGCGGCAUAUGCUAUUGAAAGCAACAGAGCGCCCCGAACGGAUAUUGAUGAGCAAGGCAAUGUCACGUACAGCGAGGUGCCUCGUACAGACGCGAGCGUCUUCAGCAAUGUCGAGCUGAAAUUACACGACGGGGCGCGCCUCCGUGAAGACCAGCAGCUGAGAAAUCUCUACCAGCGGUUGCUCGGAGAUGCCAUGCAGUCCGCAGAGUUCCAGCAAACCCUGGCCGGAAAAAACAUACUGAUGACGGGAGCGGGAAAAGGCUCCAUUGGACUGGAGCUGCUGAAAGGCUUGUUGACCGGAGGCGCCUCUGUCAUUGUCACCACCAGCAGCUUCUCUCCGGAAAACAUGCAGCAUUUCCGAGAGAUUUAUCAAUCGCAUGGAUCCAAAGGGUCUCGCCUGAUAGUUGUGCCUUUCAACCAGGCCAGCAGCCAGGAUUGUGAAUCGCUCAUACAGUGGAUUUACGAUCCUGCACACGGACUCGGAAUGGAUCUGGACCAUAUCAUACCUUUCGCUGCCAUCUCAGAAGUCGGCCGAGAGGUCGACAAGAUUGACUCCAAAUCUGAAUUGGCGCAUCGUCUGAUGCUUACCAACCUCUACCGUUUGCUCGGGCAUGUCAAGCAGCAGAAGACGACCUGUGACCAUCGCGGUCGUGUGACACAGGUCUUGCUCCCGAUGUCACCCAACCACGGCAUAUUUGGCGGUGACGGUCUUUACGCGGAAAGCAAGCUAGGUCUUGAAGCCCUGUAUACCAAGUGGUAUUCGGAGAGUUGGAGCGAUAGCAUGUCGAUUUGCGGCGCAUCUAUUGGCUGGACCAGAGGCACUGGGCUCAUGAAAUCCAACGACCUUGUUUCACAAGGAAUUGAAGAAGCUGGUGUAAGAACGUUUUCGACACCCGAGAUGGCUCUGUAUCUGCUGCUCUUGCUGUGCAGGCCCAUUGCCGAGACCAACGAGAUGGCGCCAAUUCAGGCAGAUCUGACCGGUGGAAUGGGUGACUGCCGGAACCUCAAGGAGAUCGUGUCCAAAGUGAGGUCGGACAUCGACCUAACGGUGCAGAUACGGAAGGCUGUGGCAAUGCAAGAUGAGGCGGACCGGCUGAUCAUGGGCCAACCUUCGCCGAAGCCUUGCCCACAUCCCACUCCGCGCUGUGCAAACAUGCGGCUGGAUUUUCCUCGUCUUUUGGAUUAUGCCGCGGCCAAGGCAGCGGCCGGUGAUGCCCAGCUCGAAGGAAUGCUGGCCUUGGAUCGAGUUGUCGUCGUCACUGGCUUCGGGGAGGUCGGCCCCUGGGGCAGCGCAAGGACGAGGUGGGAAAUGGAGUCGGACGGGAAACUGUCUCUAGAAGGCUGCAUCGAGAUGGCUUGGAUCAUGGGAAUGAUCAAAUACCACGAUGGCGACAUUGCCGGGAAGCACUAUAUUGGCUGGGUUGACACACAAACGUCGCAGCCUGUCCCAGACUUGGAGGUUAAGGCGAGAUAUGAGACACAAAUCCUGGCUCAUUCAGGUAUUCGGCUAGUGGAGCCUGAGCUUGAUCUCGGUUACGGCGCGGAUGCGACGCGUCGGAGCAUGCUGCAGGAAAUCGUCCUGAAUGAAGACAUGUUGAUGACGGUGUCAGAAGAGACGGCAGCCAAUCUCAAGCUCGAACACGGGAAUCUCGUCGACGUAUACCAGCUUUCCGGCACGGAAAGUGGUGAAGUUCGGGUUCGCAUGAAGAAAGGAGCCCGGAUCAUGGUUCCCAAGGCGUUGAAUGUUCCUCAUGCCAUUGCUGGUCAGAUUCCAACCGGCUGGGACCCAAGAGUCUAUGGUAUCCCCGACGACAUUAUAUCCCAAGUCGACCGGGUGACACUCUUCGCGCUGGUUUCAGUGGCGGAGGCUUUGCUCACGGCGGGAAUCACGGAUGCGUACGAGUUGUACCAAUACAUCCACGUGUCCGAGGUGGGCAAUUGCAUCGGUUCGGGGCUGGGAGGAGUGCACGCGUUGAAGGACGUCUUUCGGUCCCGCCAUCAUGAUCUUCCAGUACAGUCGGAUGUACUACAAGAGACGUUUAUCAACACCACCGCCGCCUGGGUAAACAUGCUGCUCAUUUCCAGUGCUGGCGCCAUCCGCACGCCUGUCGGGGCAUGUGCCACCGCUCUCGAAUCUCUCGAGUCCGGCUAUGAGCUGAUCACCAACGGCCAAAGCAAAAUAUGUCUGGUCGGGGGCGUGGACGACUUGGACCAGGACAUCUCGAUUGAAUUUGCCAACAUGGGCGCCACCGUCGACCCAGCCGAGGAGGAAAAGGCUGGUCGGGCGCCGAAUGAGGCUUCUCGGCCGACCACGUCGACUCGCAAGGGGUUUGUUGAAGCGCAAGGCGGUGGAGUGCAGAUCCUGACUUCGGCACGUUUGGCUCUUGACAUGGGCCUGCCUAUCUACGGCAUCAUUGCCAUGGCCAAUACCGCCAGCGACAAAGUGGGCCGCUCGGUUCCCGCACCAGGUCAAGGGCUUUUGGGGAAUGCCAGGGAAAAAGCCGGCAAGUAUCGAUCGCCCAUGCUCGAUUUGAAUUAUCGCCGACGACGGUUAGAAGCAAGACUGCGCCAGAUUGAGGAGGCUGAGCAAUUGGAAUUGGAAGUAUUGAAGCUGGAGGAAACAUCUCAACCAUCAGGCUCUGACGUCAGGUCUCAUCCCCAAGAGCGUCGCCAGUGGAUCGAGGCAGAAGCCGACAGACAACGCAACGAGGUGUUGGCCACGUACGGACACCGGUUCUGGGCUGCUGACCCUGAAAUCGCGCCCAUCCGCGGAGCACUGUCGGUCUGGGGUUUGACGAUUGACGACCUAGAUUUUGCGUCGUUCCACGGCACUUCAACGACAAAGAAUGAUCUCAACGAAACAGGAGUCAUCCAGCGUCAACUGUCUCAUCUCGGCCGUGCAGAGGGUAAUGUUCUUUUCAGCAUCUUCCAGAAAUACCUGACUGGACAUUCCAAGGGAGGAGCAGGCGCUUGGAUGUUUAAUGGUUGCCUUCAGGUAUUGGGUUCGGGCUUGGUACCGGGCCACCGGAACGCAGACAACAUUGACGCCGCGCUCCAGGACCGCUCGUUCCUGUUCUAUCCAAGCCACAGCAUCCAGACCAGGGGAGUGAAAGCCUUUUCGAUCACUUCCUUUGGGUUUGGACAGAAAGGAGCACAGGCCAUCGGUGUCCAUCCGAGAUACUUGUUUGCCGCCAUCGGAGAGGACGAAUAUGAGCGCUACCGAGGGCGAGUCAAGACCCGCACACAAAAGGCAUCACAAGCUUUUACUCGCGCGCUUGCGCUCAACGAUUUGUGUCCCAUCAAGUCGACGACUCCGUGGGCCAAGGGACAGGAGGAAGCGACUUUGCUUGAUCCGACGACGAGGCUGUUUGGUUCAUAGUGGCGAGAGCUAGGUAUAGUAGCAACAGCCUGUUAUUUGGGUGAUUAUGUUCAGCAUUGAGAAAGAAGAAUAAUCGAGGUUCAAGCGUGGGAUGCAGUGUUAAGCUGAGAUGCAGUUCAGAUAAUGGAAUUUAAGGUUAGUACAAAUCAGAUCUAGUAUCGGCGACUACACGACUAGCGGCCGUUAAAACUCAUACUCAUCAAUACAGAGCUUUUAUCAUUUUACCUGAAGACAUAUCUAUCAACUUCCGCAGCAAUAAUGUAUCUAUCAGAGCCUACCUCUUCCUUUUCUCGUGUCUCUCUAUAGAUCUACAAACCCAUCAGGCAAGGGCCUAUUCUCCACCCAAGCCCUCACCGUAUCCGCAAAGAGGCUCGGAUCCUGUCUGUUCCAAGGAUGUCUCAUUUUCGGAUGCGUGACCGCCUUCGUUUCCGGACAUAGUUGCAUCCCAAUAUCAGCAAGCCGUUUCGCAUCAUGAGGGUGAUCACUAGUCGGGAGCAAAACACCAGCUUUGCCCGCGGCAAUGACCAAAGUCGGACUUGGCCAAGGUUCAGGCCAUUUCUCGUUGUCGGACAUAGGUUCACAGAUCUGACGACAUAAAGCCAACGUACAGAACGAGGUGUCGAUGUUUCGAAUGUCGGCGCCGUCCAUGAGCCAGCGGACAACAAAUCGAGGGACACAAUUUUCCAGUCUUUGGGAUGUCCAUACUGCGUAGGGUAAGAGUCCAGAAAGGCGAGAGGAUGGUCCGGUGGGUGUGGGAAAUACUUCGAAUCCGGAUACGAGUAGUCGUGACACAACUUCUGGGUAUUGAGAGGCUAGACGGAUGGCGACGUGAGCCCCUAAACUGUGUCCGACGACGUGGGCGAUGCCGUUGUGUGCGUGGUUGACGAUUAGUUGACGGAGGAGGUGGGCGGAAUAAGAGACGGAGAAGGGGGUUAUUGUUCGUGAUCUACCGUGGCCUGGUAGGUCGGGGACUAGGAUGUGAUAGGAGUUGGAUGAUGGGGAGGUUGAUGUGGAAGAUGUUGAUGUUAGAUAAGGUGUGACUAGGUCCCAGUCCCGGCCGGUUGUGAAGGCGCCAUGGAUGAGGAGGAUUGUUGGGCCUGUGGCGUCUGGGCUUAGAGAUUCAAACGCGAGGCUCGGUCCAUCUUUUUGAGGUUCAGGUUGUUGCCGAUCCGCUUCGGACGAGGCGGAGGCGGCUUCUUGCAUGGGACUGGGCUGUGGACCGCGCAAUGGCGUUGCCAGUGGUUUCUGAUGACUCGGACUGAUUUUCAGGAUUGUGGACUGCUUCGAGUUCGGGUUAUUGUGGUCGCAAGAAUAACAAAUGGAUCUGACGGGGACGAGGCUGUGACGGAUGUUCAAGUUUCGGCGGACGACAAGGCUGUUGUUGCUGUUGGUGGUGGUGGAUGCUGAUGUUGAUAACGGCCAGCCAAUGAGUUUACACUUCCCGGAUAUUUCCAAUAGAGUAGGUUUGCAGCUCAACGCACGUGAUAACGACAGA